CGGAUACUCUGGCUUUUAACUGAGUCAAAACAAUCAAAAUGGCUGUUUCCGGGUCUCUUGCAUAUCACAAUUCUGUUUCACCCGACGGUGCCAGAUCAUUUAGAGAUUCUCUUCCAGUGACACAAGUGGAACUGCACGUUUCUUGCAGGUAAAACGACCGAUUUUGUAAACAGCGAAGUUAACUACUCUACGUAAUUAAGCAUAAUGAGCGGUCCGCUCACUGAUGGGCUAAUUUAGAUUUAUAUUGAUUGAAAUUAUCAAAUGUAUUAUCAAAAUUAGAGAUUUUGUAAAGACGCUUAAUAGAACACAUGUUGAUUAAAUACCAGAGCAAGUGUUUCUAGUAUAGGAUGAAUUUGACAUGCAUUUUUAUGAAUCCUCAAUUUUAAGUUUCAAACAUGGGUUGUUGAGGAAGUUUAAAAUGCUGCGUUAUCAAUAACAUGCAAUUUUACAUCUGCGUAUUAUAAUCAGUUCAUUUGAAACUUUUGAUUUGUCUCUAUUAACUGUUAUUUGAAUCGCACAGUCAAAAGACCAUGAUUCGUACAAUCUUGAAAAGCCGGGUCUUGAAUUUUACUAGUCAUCUUGAAAAGUCCUUGAAUUCGGUUAAGGUCCUUGAGAAGUACUUGAUUUAUUUAUUAGGUCUUGAAAAGUUCUUGAAUUUCUCCACUUUCUUAUUUGUCUUUCUUUGUUUCAAAUGCUAUUUCUGUACUUCAGAUAGAACUGCAAGUCAUACCCAGUGACUGUUGUCAUUUGCAAAGUGAUGUCACGGAAAGUAGUUUAAUAAUAAUGUAAACUGAUCAGCCAUGGCUGAGAAAGGAAAAAUCACAAAUGACUCCGCUGAGUGUUUUAGCCAGUAAAGUGUUCCAAAGGGGGUCAAAGAAAGGCGAGUUACUGAAGAAAUCUUAGACUUAAAAACUGUAAUUUGUCCUUGAAAGGUUCUCAAACAAUCCUUGAAUUUUGUUUGUCUGAAAUUAUACGAACCAUGAAAGACAGCCAGUCGUUCACUGUAAGGUCAAGUUAUCUAUUUAAAAAUCAUGAUUGAAUAAUUUACUCUUAUGAGAUUGAGAAUGUGUCUUUUCUUUUUUAAAAGGAACCUUGCUGAUAUGGAUGUGUUUUCUAAGUCCGAUCCAAGUAAGUACUUUUAGUAGCCACAAAUUGAAGCCAAAAUUUAAGCUCCAGAAACGGGCGGUGAGAAAGAGCAAUACUAAAAGUUGGCGUUAGCUGCGAGUGGGCUUUGUUGAAAGUUGCCGAGAAUGUUUCAGUUACGUAAUGACAGCAUGAUGUAAUAUUAAGUCACACACUUAAUAGGUUAGAAAAGUGAAGAAAUUCGCCAAAACAAUCACGUUCGCUAUAUUUUGAAAUAAGCUUAUAUUCUUUGGCGUGCGCUGCAUACUUUGUAGAAUUUUCUUGAAGUAACUCCGUUAUUAUUACAGAUGCAUUGAACGAUGACAAACCUUGUGUUAUAAUGUUUUCGGUUUAAAUGCGAUGGCUACUAAAUUUUGACACGACCUACAGCAAUCAUUCGGCUAUAUGAAAUAAUUCAAUUUGACUGAUGAUGAAUAUUUUUUACGAGGGGAACAAGUAUUUCCUGUGAAAGAAAAUUCUUAAAACAAAGCUGAUUGCCAAAAGGGCCUUGUGUUAAAACAUACUAUUUAGUUGAUAGCACUUAUAAUUGGUGAAAAACCUGCUCUGAAGUCGACAUGACUUGCUCGUCCACAUUUUUAAAGGACUUUAUAGUAACGAACUUUUGCUUCAAAAAUUUCUCUGAAAUUUAUUCGGGCAUAGUUGAUAUCAACAAUGAAAACUGAUAACCCGGAAAUUUCAGGCAAAAAUAUCAGCAAAUUUUUCACCAGACGCGAUUUUCUUCAAAAAGUUGUGUCCACCUAUUUCGAAAAAAAUAUUCAUCACCAGCAAAAUUGAAUUAUCGCAUAUUAUUACCAAUAGAGUCAAGAUUCAUAGCGUGAGCAGCGAUCAGCGUCGUAUAAUUAGUAUUCAUAAAAAAAAAACAAUUCACAGUGUUUUAAAAGGUUGUCAAGGUUACGUUUUGGGGCGGCUGUGAUAAACUUCAAAAACUCAUCGAAAAACUAAUGUUUAAUGAGACACCGCUCAACUUAACACCAAUUUUUUAGAACAAAAUAACCCCACACCUAAAUAUUAGUGUAAGAAUGAGUUGAUCUAUGUCAGAGAUUUUGAAGCCGUUAAAAACUCACAGUCGUGUAUUAUCAGAUGUAAAAACUCUCGGCUUCGCCUAGAUUAUUUGAACCUGAUAAUACCCUCCUGCUCGUUUUUUAAACAGCACAUCAAGAUGGACAUUUACGUAAGAAAAAUGCAAGAAUGGCGACUUGUUUACUAUACUAGAAUUAAACGAAAAUACUGGUUAUUAUUUGAAUAGCCUGUGUUUUGAGCGGCUGCACAAGCAUUAAAACUUGCUCCGGUUUCGGUGUUUGUCCCUCUUCCCACAUGCACAAUUCAACAACUCGACAAAACAUUUACCAGCGGGCCAGUUUGACUAUCAGAUCCUUUAUUACGGGUUACUGUCCAAACCCGCUUUUAUUAGAAUCCAUCAGCAAGUCCUGAUACACUUGUUAUGAUUGGCCCAGUAAACGUCUUCCGGUUGCAGUCAAUCGAGGCGAAUGGCAAGCACACGGCUUGCUAGAUCACAUGACCUAGCCCAGUAAGGGGGUUUCGUAUAAUAACAAUGGAAUGCUCCCCACGCCCUCCCUUUAUCCUUUCGAUCUCCAAAACAGAAGAAAAAAGACGCCUAGCUGCAGAUUAAUUACUCCAAUAUACAUGAAAGAAAAGACAUACAAAUUCUAUUUGCAGGUAAAUAUUUAGUCAAGGGAAUGUAAUCUUGAAACUAGGAUAUACCUUAAAAUAUUAGUUUGAUGAAAUGAUAAAAAUAACAAAACAACAGGUAGGAUGGAGAACUUUGAAAUAAUUAGAUACGGCGGCCAUACUGAAUUAAUUCGAUUUAAGGAGUAUUAUAGGAUGCCCAGGGGGCAUGAGCACAUUUCGUUUGUAUUUUCGAGCGCUUUUCGGGACAUUUUUUCUUAAAGUUUUCUUAGAAUAAGAUUGUAAUGGGAAAAAAGAUCCCUGUGCCGUGUUUGAAUGUAAUAAUGAUCGCCUUUUUCUAGUUUAGUAUUAGAAAUAUGGCCUUCCACUAUAUAUUUCUCGGGAAAAAGGCGAUCAUUAUUACAUGAAAACACGGCACAAGGAUCUUUUUUCCAAUUACAAUCUUAUCCUAAGAAAACUUUAAGAAAAAUGUCCCGAAAAGCGCUCGAAAAUACAAACGAAAUGUGCUCAUGCCCCCUGGGCAUCCUAUAAUACUCCUUAAAUCGAGUUAAUUCAAUAUGGCCGCCGUAUCGGUAAAAAGGUCUAAUAUUCAGAAACAAAAAGGAGGUGGGGUUCUUUGAAGAGAUAUUGGGGACAUCAAGAUCCAACGACCCGACGGCAAAGAGAAUGUCAAAACAACAAAAGGUGUAAUGAGAAAAACGACAACUUUGCACGUGCAUCUCACGUUUUUGUACAUUUCUUUGCCGUAUUUGCACGACUACGACUUGAAAAUACCCAAUUUCGCGCGUUUUAUGGAGAAUGUAAACAAGCAACGACGAAAUCUUAUUUCUCUCUUGAAACUUGGCUAUGUUCCUGAAGAAUUCAACUCCAGAUGCGUUCGCCCACAUUUGACAAAGUAAGAUGGUAGGAAAAAUCGCGAUAAAGACUGAAAGAACGCAAAUUAACUUUUUGAGCGACGUUCUCGAUGCCGUCGCGUCGUUGGAGCUUAAAGUCCUUAAGGUGACGUUACACAGGACGAUUCGCAACGACGAUUUUUAACGCCACACAGGGUUCAAAUAUUGGAACAAUAUUGCAGCCAUUCGAAACAAUGAAAUAACAAUGUUGUAACGCUGUGUUGCGCUAAAAAUCGUCGUUGCGAAUCGUCCAGUGUAACAUCAACUUUAUUCCCUGCAGCGGUGGAAAAUGGCAUAGGUGAGGGAGGAUAAUUUGUAUGAAUUCAACAUAUCUGACAGUGACUCUGUUUCCUCAUCAGUGGUUGUCAUGUACACUCAAGCAAUGGGGAGCAACGAAUGGAAAGAAGUAGGUAACUUUUAAUUUUUCACGUGUGGGUAAUUUCCUGGUUGACGCACAUCCAAUUAACUGAUAACGGAAUAGGAUAAAAUAAUAACUGCUUCUCUCAAAUACUGGCAUAAAAAGCGACCGCCUAUACAAAACACCAAAAUUUUCCCAGUCAAAGCCUUACAGUUGGAACCUCUAGUAAACGACCACAUCCUGUAAGCGACCGCAACUACUUUUUGGGCCUGACGGUUGAUGAUUUUCCAUUGUUUUUAACCUCUUUUAAGCGACCGCUUGACGCAUUCUCUAAAUCUUAUUUUCGCUGUGUGCACUAUGUUCCUUAGAAUAUACGAAGACCUUCAGUGAAAACAUAUGGAACCACACAUAGCCUAACUUAGACAUUGCAUGCAAUAAAUCAUCUUCCAUAAAGCAGUUGUACCUGGACCUCUUCUCGGAAGAGGCGCCCUGUGGUUCGAUUCUUGUAAACGACCACCUCCCGUAAUUAAGCGACCGCUUAGUCUUUGCAUUUUGCAUUCUGGGUGGUCGCUUACGAGAGGUUCGACUGUGUUUAGUCAUAUUGUUUUAUUCCAGCUAUUUCUUAAUAUCUUUGUAUGCUUUGUUUUUUAUUGUAAUACAUUUUUGGGGUAUGCUUGUUUAUAGACCAAUUUCGAAUUAUAAAAAUUCAUACUUGACUCCAAGGCUUGGCGGCAUGAACCAAAGAAAUCAUCUUUUGGCUCAAUCUUUCAAUCUUUUUUUAUUUCACCCUAUAAAAGGCAUUUACACAAGUGUACGUAGGUAGGAGAACAAAGUAGCUGAUAAAUAAUCAUUUAACCAAGAGACAUUAAGUUUAUUUGUGUACAGUGUCCAAAGUAACAAGAGCUUUCUUGUUGCACACUGUCAUGUUCAGAUAACGGCAGCAGCAAUGAGAGGAAAUAAAAUCUCAAAUAAUAUCAGUGAUAGAACGUAUAAGCAAGGUUAAGAUCAGAUUUGAUUGAUUAGAAUAAUACAUUUCUUUUAUUUUAUUCCCCAAGCUUCGGAACUAAGUAUGAAUUUUAAUGUAUCCAAAUUAGUCUAUUAUAAAAGUCUAAAAAAACUACCUGAUGCACCCCAAGACCCAAAGCGACAUUAAGGUGGCUCGAUGGGUUUCUUUAGGGUCAAUACUUCUCAAGUUUGAGCAUAAACCACGUCGCCAUUAAUAGAGUGUUUUCACAUGACGUCACGGCGGCCAUAUUGGUGUCGCAAAACAAUAAAACGGCGGCCAUAUUGGUGUCCCAAACCAGUCCUCUGGGAGUUGAACUCUUUUCUUAUGUAAACGCUUUCUUUUGUUCCAAUAAAUUUGCAUAGAUUUUAACCACGUGAGUGAAAACGCUCUAUAAGAAUUUGGAAAAAUUACCUCCACAGCUGUAUUAGAUAAAGAUGAAAAAAAGUUAUGAUCAGGGUUGCACUGACAUCGGAGUUGUCAUAGCGAUGAACUGACGCCAUUACCUAUUUUACUUGUAGCCGCAUUUCUCGGCACUGGGAAGUAAUAUAUCAAAAAUGAGCGCGAGUUGCUUCAUCUGGAUAUCCAGACACCGCGAAGAAGAUGAAAGCACGAGGCCGAAGCCUGAGUGCUUUUUUUUGUUUUGAGGUGUCUGGAUAUCCUCGACGAAGCACGACGCACGAGUUUUUGAUAUGGCGUCUCACUCUUAAACAAAUAAUAAACAAAUACUUCCAAUUACGUUCGUAAAAAACGUCAUUGAUAUUGAAAUAAUCGGGGUUGGAAUGUUACGUGACAAACAAUUCAUUAGUUUACAUAUAUGGCGUGAUUUACUUUAUUCUGAGACGUCAAAGUUCCUGGUGUUGCCGGCUUCGGCAGCCGAAAAGUGUGGAAGAUUAUAAGAAAAGUGUAGAUAAUGCAGUGUCGGAAUCAGCUGAUAAAACGAAAUGGGUGUGUACGUUGUUCGAGGAAUGGAAACAGAAUCGAUUAGUGAGGUCCUGUGCCUUUGAAAUCCGGCGGCCAUUUUACCACAAAAGACUUUGAAGAAGGAGUACAAACGUUGGACACCGGCCAUUACAGAUAUGUAACAAGAAGUAAGAAACUCUUUUGGGGAACGAUAUCUUUCCCCAGCCUUCCCGUUCAUUGUACUACCAGUAUUUGCGAACUGAAGCGCCACUUUUCUGAAGUAAGCGGACGUGCUGCAUUGAAACCUUUGGACAUGUUAGACCGAAGGUAAGUUACAUUUUUGGGGGGAUAAAAUUUGGUUCGCGUAAAUUACUUGUGUGUAUUGUUGCUUUUAAUAGUACUUCUUUUCUCGCUUUGUUAGGUUUGUGACAUUACGUGUUGUGGACGCGGAAAUGAAGGAAGCAACACCUGACUUGAAUAUUCAUUGAUUUAAUGCAAGUUGUCAACGUGCAUAUUUUAGUGGAGUAUGCAACUCUCACUGGAGAAUGGAAGUGUUUUCACUCACGUGGUCAGCAUCUAUGCAAAUUUUCAUUGGUUUGCAUAGUUCAAAAAGAAUGCUGGUGAUUGUUUUGGGACAACAUCCGGUGACUCUUUACUGUUUUUCAUUGGGUAUCCAAAAGAAUGCUGGUGAUGUGGUAUACAUACAGUGAUUGGUAGUUGACCUUAAUGACUUGAGACUCCUUUUCCAAAAUCGUUCACGAGAGUUUCUUCUCCAAUAGCCGCCUUAAUGUUAGUGAAGUUUAAGCUAAAUCUAGAAGGGCGUUAUCGAGAUAUUUUGAGAUGAAGUCCUUAUGGUUAGAAAUACUGUAAAAAUUGGACAAUCUUCAGUGAUGUUCAGCCGUUAUCUGUGGCAGUCGAAGCACCUUUGAAAUGCAAUUUCACAUCAUAUUAGUUUCAAUUAUUUAACAUAUGUGAAAGAUCACGCAGAUAGGUUUAGCCGAUUGUUAGAAAGAAGGAUUUCGUUAGUAUGUAUCGAGGCGCUCUUGUUAGCGGUUUUGUAAACAUUUUGGUCCACUUAAACAAAUAAGCGAAUAAUUUUGAAAACCACUACUCUAUAGAUUUUUUUAAAAAAAAUUGAUAUUUUUGAGAUUAACCGUCGUUUUAUAUGACCUUUGAGUUUCAAGAUUAUUGAUAUCUUUUAAGGCAGUAAAAUAAGGGCUACAAUUCGUUAAUUUUUGCCGAAAUUGUUUUGUUAACAAAUGAGAGCCUCUUAUUUUUCAGAGUACUGUUUCCAAGUUUAUUCUCACGUAAACAGCAGUCAAUAACAAUGCAUUUGAAAUAUGAAAUGUUAGCUAUUCUUGUCCGCGAUACAUACUUGUCUCGAUACAUACUCGAUACAUACUCGCCUCGAUACAUGUUAAUCAAUCGAUACAUUCUCGCUCCUCGAUACAUACUAAUCAAAUCCUUCUUUCUAGCACUCGGCUAAAGCUAUCUCAUGAUCUUUCACACACGCUUUUAAAAAGACUGAAGCUACUAUGAGGAGAAAUUGCAUUUCAAAAGCGGUGCGAACUUUUACAGAUAACCGCCGAACACCAAGAUUGACCAGUUUUUACCGUAUUUCAAACCAGAAAAACUUAAUCCCAAAAUAUCUCGUUAACGCCCUCAUAUUUUGCGCUUAUGGGGCCUCACGAACAUCGAGGAGGCUAUUGGAGAAAAAAGAAAUACGGCUGCAAGUAGAAUAGGUAACGGCGUCAUUUCGUUGCUAUGACAACACCGAGGUCAUUGUAACCCUGUUCAUAACAAAUUUAUCUAAUAAAGCUGUGGUCGUAAUUUUUUCCAAAUCCUUCUUAAUGGCGACGUAGUUAUUGCUCAAAAUUGGGAGGUAUAGACCCUGAAAGGCCCCAUCGAGCCACCUUAAUUUGUGUUGGUGUUCAGGUGAUCAGAUGUAAAUAUUGAUAACCUUAUGUUUCUCUUUAAGUAUGGCAGAACAGAACACAUAAUGAACAACCUGAAUCCUGAUUUUGUCACGACUUUUGUAAUUCAUUACUUCUUUGAAGAAAUGCAAAAGCUUCGAUUUGAAGUGUAAGUUAGUCAUUGUAGAGAUCAUCCUUGGUCAGCAUACAUUUAGAUUUGUAUUUUUGUAUCAGAUAGUUAUACAAGCUAGUUGUCCAUAUUGCAUGGAGUCCCGGAGAGGGGGGGUGGGGUGGGGUACGUGGGUUAAUUCUUGCUGGGUAUGUGCCGCUGGGCUCUCUGACCCCCUUCUCCAUUGUAGUCUAUUCUGUGGCCAAUUAUACCCAUCUUAGUCACCUUUGGGCAAAUAUGUAAUUUUCGCGAUCCCAAAUUAGUCACCUUCUAUUUUUAUGAAUUGACCCGUUUUUUAUAUUGAAUGAAAAAACACUUUACUUUUCAUCUGCGGUACAAACAUUCUGGUACGUUUGCUAACCCCAAAUAUGAAGAACUGUCUUACCCCGUGCGACCCCAUUAUAGUCAAUCCAGUCGUGAAAAUGCGACCCCAUCCAGCGGCACAUCCACAUUAACGUAUCACAAUGAGAGCAAAGAGCUGGGAUUUUUUGCUUGCCGCGGUAAAAAUAAAUGAAAAUUUACACAGUAAUUUUUUGUGAGGCAAAUUUAUACUAAUCUGGAAAUUCAAGUCUAAGAAAAACUGAUGAUACCAUUCACUGGUGAUGGCAAUGUUGCGUAGUUGUUGUGUUGUUAACGAAGAGCUGGGAGGUGUUCAGUAAUGACGAUGCAAUAACUGAUUUUAAGAAAAUUUGCUGACAGAUUGAUGUUUUUAGGAAUGCGGCGUUAGUCAUGAUGAUAAACUUUACAUCUUGCACUGUCCGCUUCAUUUAUCAAGUGUAUAUAACAACGCGUUGCUACGUAACAAGUAAACAUUCUAUCAUUCGAAUUAACCGCAUCAUUAAUUAUGCAAAUCUUAUAGUAUAGGAAGGACGGUUAUGAAUGUUCAUGUCAUUUAAAUCCCCUGAAGAGUGAGCAAUCACGAAACAGGCUUGUUGGGAUAAAAGUGUAGUUUUUUUCUGUUUUUCAAUAUACUAAUUAUUGUUGUAGGUAUGAUAUAGAUAAAGACACGCCCAAGUUAUCAGACCACGUAAGUGAAUUUUAAAUUGCCAAUAUUAACUAAGUGUUUUUAUAAUAUAUCCGGAUAAUUUAAAUUGUACUGGGAAAUCCCCUUUUUAGUAAGGAAAUCAUGGCAAAAGAUUCAUUCUUUUUUAGGAUUAUAUUGGUGCAAUGGAAUGUAAUUUGGGAUCAAUAGUUGGAGAAUUUGGUGGACGACUUCAAAAGCCUUUGGUGUAAGUCUGUGUAAUGAGGAAAAAUUAACUUAGAUAAAUCAUUCCUUUCCACGAUCUGAAUUCAGACUCAUCAAUAGUUAUGUUUUCACAGAAAUCCAAAAAUAAAGAAACCUGGAACAAUAAUCGGUACGUUCGUUUACUGAACUCAUCAAAAUAUUGAACAUUAUAUCGUGUAUAUUUUUAUUUUUUGAUAGUAUGAUUUUGUGUCUCAUGACCUCCGGGUGUGAAGUCAGUGAAAACACAUUAUUAGCUUCUGAAGUGAUUGAUUUUUUUCUUUAUGUGUUGCAGUCUCAGCUGAAGAAAUCAGUGAUUGUAAGGUCAGCUGAUGUCAGAAUCUACUAAUGACUAUAUAAAUUAAGGAAGUGCUCUAUAAUUUUCUGUUGUAGCUUCUCGGCGUUGCUUGGCUAGCAAUUGUUCAUGUAUACACUGUAAAUACUCUUAUAUUUAGCGUUUUGUGUAGGGUGGUGUAUAGACAUGUUUAUGGUUACUCUUUAUCACAAUCCUUUUCAGGAUGUUCUGACACUCCAGUUUAAUGGCAAAAAUCUUGACAAGAAAGACUUUUUUGGAAAAUCAGAUCCAUUUUUGAUGUUUUACAGGUGUAAUGAAGACAACAGGUGAGUCUAGCUACAAGCACUGAUCAUAAUUUGCACAUCAACUCUUGGAAUGAACUAUGAGUGAUUUCAUUAUGUAGCCGGCAGUUUGUCAAGAGGACUUGACUCUAAACGAGAAUGAAGUAGUGCCAAUGAUAAAUAAAAUGUUUAUUAAUUGCACAAUUAUUUUAUCCCAGUUUGAUAAGCGACAUUAUCAGUACAUUUGCUCAAGUCACCUGGAGGACAACUUAGAAACUCCCCGAACAAUUAAAAAACACAUUUAGAAUUAAUAUACAACUAUCCCCCGGAGGGGAGGUGAAUAGUGGUGAAUAUAUGGAGAGGCGAAGCGUCGAGGUAUAUAUCUUGCCUAGUCCCUGUAUGGCGUUUUCCCAGUCCCUCUCGGUCAAUUCGUUUCGGUGACGUAUCCGAGGCGAAGGGACGGGGAACGCCUCACAUUUUCGCAUGGACCACGUGACUCGAAACGCUUUGGCCGCGAGGAAAAAUGAGGCCAAGGGACUAGGCAAGUAUAUAUCUAGUGCUGCUCACCGAACCUGAGGGGGAUAGUUGUUUUAGUAUUUACCAAAUCAGUGGGAUAAAAAUGAAAAAACUAACUAUUUGUAAAUUAAAAACAUAACUUAGUAGGAGCUUUGUUUACAAUUUACAAACAUUUCGAGAAUUUUGUCGCAAAUUCAGCAUGAAAAUAACUUUCUACUCACCAGUAAACAUCGACAAGCCAACGUUCCUCGCGUUGUUGGUAUUUAUUUGUACGACUGCUUCAAUUGUCGCUAAAAUUUCGUCUUCCCAAAAUGUUAAUAGGCAAGGAUAUUCUGAGUUAGGGAAGCCAAUCAAAACGCGAGAAAAUUGCUAUUCACUGAUUUGGUAAAUGCUAAUGUAUUUUUUUUUGUCUUUUCUAGCUUCAGUGCAUGUCACCGCACGGAAGUAAUUAAGAACACACUAAACCCAACGUGGAAGCCAUUUACAAUUCAAGCCAGGGCACUCUGUAAUGGAGACUAUGAUAGGUACAGUACACUGUCAGUAUACUCAAAAGCUGCAUAAAUUUUGUCGGACUUAAUUAUUUGGUGGGACUUAAUUAUUUUACUCAUUAUACUCAAAAGCUGCAUAAAUUUGGUCCGACUUAAUUAUUUUAAGUCUUUCUUUCUUUCUACUCGUUCAUCCGUUGAUUUAUAACUUAAUAUCUUCAGUAAACAAAAAUCAAGAAACAGGAUAAAACAUCAACUUAUAGUUUAAUGUUGAAAAUCGUAUGAUCUUGAUCGACUCUUUGAUUAUUUUGGAUUAUUAUCACCAGAAAUUCUCGAAAGAAAAUCUCUCUGACACUCAUAACCAGUAACCACCAAAGUUUCCUCUGUAUCUAAAUUUUACAUAGGCUGCCAUUAAAUUUGAUACUUCGCAUGGUUUUUUCUAAUUCUACAGGUCAAUGAGAGUGGAAUGUUAUGACUGGGACAGAGAUGGAGGGUGAGAAACUCACAAGUUUUGUAACCAGUUGAAUACCAAACAAAGCGUCGAUAGAUGGAAAGGAGGGAAUUUACCAGUUUAGUCUACUAUAGGGUAGCACAAAUAGCUGAACUAGGUCUAGUAUAGGCUAAGGGUCCCGGGAUCCCAGCGGUACAUCCCCGCCCUAAACUUUCUACUUUCCACCUUGGAAACCUUGUAUGAAACGAAUCUCAACCUUAAACAGCCUUAUAAGUUUGUUUCCACAAUUUUUUGUCAAAAACAAUAUAUAUAUUUGUUAGUCGCUCGCAAGUUUCACCGUACUUUUACCCUGCCAUUUUAUACGUUUCUUUUUUUUUUAUCUCAGCUGUCUACUUCUUUUUGCAGGCAUGAUCUGAUUGGUGUCUUUUCAACUACCAUAAACGAACUUAAAUCAACUCCUGGAAUAACAUACGAGGCAAGAUUCUUACAAAUAAAUAAGCUCAUAUUUUUGUAAGGACAGAAAUACAGGUUAUAACGUGAGGAAAAAUGACACACAGGACCUUGUUCCAAAUUUUAGUAGAACUGAUGGUUUUAAAUAUAGUUUUUUUAACCGUGUUGUAGAUGAAUGGAAUGGUUUACCCAAUCAUAUUAGAGAAUCAAACAGUAUUGCAACUUUUAAAAGAAAUGUUUUAGGAUUUAUUAAGGAUAACUAGAACAUUUAUAUUUCUACUUGUAUAUAUUUUUCUUAUAUUUUAAUUAGUGGGCGCAUUCCUAGUAUGGCGCAUUGGCGCUUUUGGUUGCCUCCUUCUCCCGAUUUUUUUUUUUUUCUUAUAGUAGUGUUAGCUUAUUUCAUUUCAUUAUUUGCUUGUAAUGUAGGGGAGUGAAUCUGAAUCUGUAAUAAAAUAAACCUUUGGACGUGUUUAAGAAGGGGUUUCUCUCCUUUGUUUUCUAUUUCUUUACUGGUCCUUUUUUGCUUUGAGGAGCUGCCGUCGGAGAUAUUUGCCAAAGAGUUCACCAAGGAUUUUUCUUGAAAGUUGAAUUUUUUUUUUCUAUUAUUGUCCUGAACAAAAAUUCGGCUAAUUGAUGUUUUCAACUGGCCAAAAUCAUCGAAAACACGAAUUAUUUUGUGAUCAAAAUUUAGAAUGUUUUCUAUUGUUUCCGACCAAAAUAGAUCGGAAAAGAUGUCUAGUGGCUUAAAAUAACAAAAAGACCAAAUGUCAGAUUUUGGAGUCCGCUAUCCGUUUUAUAUUUGGAAGGAGUCACUGAGACUAUGGUUUUGAGUCAAACCUGAAUAUUCAUGAUUUUAGUAAAAACUAAAUCAAGACCAAUCUCAAUCGAGUAGUCUCGAAAUCGGAUGGUCAUGGAUGUCCUUUUUCUGGAUUCAGUUUUGUUCUCUCUCUCAUAAACUAUUUUAAUAGUCAGGGCCAUGUUGUUCAAAGCAGGGUUAGUGCGAAAUUUGAUUUCAGAUAUGAAAGCUGAGAGGGAAAUUCAGUUUUAUUCUUUUUGCCUACAAUUUGAUGCUGUAAAAAGAAAAGAGAAAAUUAUCCGGGAAAAUGCUUUUGAACAAAAGAAAAAGAAACCCGAGUUAACAUUUAACUCUAGUAAGGUUAGAGCUAAUCGGCCUUCGAACAAUUAGGCCCAGAACUAUAACUAUACAUGACUUGUUUUCUUCUUUGACAUUUGUAGGUCAUCAAUCCCAAGAAAAAAGAAAAGAAGAAAGGAUCAUACAAGAACUCGGGCACGGUGAGCAAUGACGCUUAUAAAUUAUAUGGCCAAAUCCGCGCGCUGGUAAGAUGAAGCAAAUCCUGUGAGCUGAUUGGCUACCCGAGCGGACUAAAACAAUGGCCUAUCUUUACACCACAAAUCAGACAAGCCCCUGCGGCCUCCUUAAAAAAAACAAUCUCAAACAAUGUAAAUGCUGACGCCCCCGACAGUAUGAAUUGCAACCGGAGGUGUUUUCUGCUUUUUGGCAAGCUUCCUUUUGACGAAAGUAGUUUGUAAGCUCUCUGGUAGAAUGACGUUUUUGAUUUAGAUCACUGUACGACAAAAAAGAAUUAACUUCUGGUUAAAUAAGAACGUCCGGAGCGUCGACGUUCUCGUGUAUAGCACACUUCUCGAUACGCGUAAUUCUUCAUAACAUACUUAGCCACAAUAAACGACUGUUUUAUAUUUUUUUAGUACACUCAACGCUGUUAGAAUUUCUAACUAAUCAGGUGUCUGAUUUUUCGUUACUUUUUUCCAGGUCAAAUUGCUGCAGUGUAAAAUAGAAGAGCGACCCUCGUUCUUGGAUUUCAUUAGAGGAGGGUAGCUACUUUUGUUUUGUGUCAGAGAGUGCUUCAGUUUCCACAGACCUAAUAAGCUUCAUCUAGAACAAUAGGGCCAUUUAUACGAGGAAAAAUAAGACGCGUCUUAAAUAAGACGCAAACUGUACCAUUCAUACGAGCAUGUCUUAUCUAAUAAGACGCGUUUUAGCUAAGCCGCGUCUUAUUUUAGAAGAAAUGUGCCGUUUAUACGAAAAGUUCGCGUCUUAUUUUUCCUCGUAUAAAUGGCCCUAAUGUGUCUUUUAUUAUACAAGCUUUUGAAGCAUGAAUGGAGUUGCUUGACCUAAUUGGAGUUUCAGGAUGGAAACACGAGGGAAAGCUUCUUUAGGGAUGAUAUUUUACAAACAAUUAUGUACUGAUUUCUGGAGGGGUGUACGACAGGAAGGAGAUAUAAAAAACAUUUCUGGAAACUAAAAUCACAGAAUUCCUCAAAAGUACUUUUGGAAAAAGAUGCAGUAUAAGGUCUUGUUUCAAUUUGUUCCUUUUUUUUUCGUCAAGGCAAGGAAACACACAAAUCUCAAACCAGGGGCGGAUCUAGGGGGAGGGUGCAGGGGAUGCGCACCCCCCCUGAGAUGACCUGCGAUUUUCUAAUACAACUGGUAUUGUGCAAAAAAAACUAUGUGGUUUAUUGGUGUUGAAGUAGAGCAAGAGACGAGUGCACCCCCUCCUAAAAAAAAUGCUGGAUCCGCCCCUGCAGACGUAGCGGAACCGUUCUGUCUCCGCUGUGUUGGAGACUAGAAACAAGGGGUGGAGCAUAUUAAAAUCUAAGUCUCGUUUUCUUUCAUGUUCCAAAGGACUCAAAUAAACUUUACAGUGGCCAUUGAUUUCACUUCUUCGAAUGGUAAGAUAGCAUUACUGUUUGUUCUUGUCUUUGAUAAGGACCUUUCGAAUCUACAGUUGAUCAAACUUUUAUUAAGUCCAAAGUCUCGGAAAUCGUUACCCUUUAUUACUAUAAUUGUAUUUAAAAAACCCUUUCAUUGGGAUUUUACUAAAACAGGGAACGGGGAGCGAGGAAAGAGCCAGGGGAUCAGGAAAAAGAUAGUAGGAACAGAACAGAUGAAUGAGAGAUAAAAACUUGAACCUAUAUCUACCGUUUAAAUCACUAAAAUUCCUUCAUCAAAUAUGUUUUUGGUUUUAAAAUUUGUUGUUGUUUUCAAUUUGUUCCCGUUUUCUUUGUUUCGUUUUCCCGUUCUCCGUGCUCAUUCCCGGCGCUCAGCGUUCUCCAUUUUAGUGACAUCACAUUCAUUGCUAGAUCGAAGGAUGCCCAUGGGGUAACCGUUUCAAAUGAAAUAUCUUUGGUGGAACUUUUACGUGGCACUAUUUAUUUCUUAGGAUUUUCACACACAAAAGAUUGAUUAUUUGAUUUGUGAAUUUGCCCUUUAGCCUCUGAUAGAAGUGAAAGGGUAUCAAUGGUUCACUUCUAUAUUUAGCGCAUGUGUUAGCCUUUUCCGAGUUCCCAACGAGUUAUUUUUCUUCAGGCGGUCUUCACCUCUGUUAAAUAGUUGCUUUGGUGAGGUACAUUUUAAGAUGUAAGCUUGAUUUAUUAGGGCCAUUUAUACGAGGAAAAAUAAGACGCGACUUACAUAAGACGCGAACUGUACCAUUUAUACGAGCAUGUCUUAUCUAAGACGAGAACAGCUCGUAUAAAUGGUUCGCAUCUUAUUUCUGUUCUUGACUCGUUUUCAUGUGAAUGUUGCCCGUAGCAACGGGCAAUCCAACGUAGCGCGCCAAAAAUUAACGCAUGCUACUAUGCGUUCGCGUCUUACGUAAGACGCGAAGGUCAUUUAUAGGAAGUUUUUCUCGUCUUAGCUAAGACGCGUCUUAUCUAAGAACAGGUGUUAAGGGCUCUUCUAAAAUAAGACGCGUCUUAGCUAAGCCGCGUCUUAUUUUAGAUGAAAUGUGCCUUUUAUACGGAAAGUUCGCGUCUUAUUUUUCCUCGUAUAAAUGGCCCUAUUGAUGAUGUAUGUUUUUUAGGUAAUCCAAAAGAUUCCACGUCUCUUCAUUACAUAAACCUUCAUGAACAGAAACUGAAUCAGAAACAGAAUCAGAAUCAGAAUCAGUACGUGAAGGCGCUCACAGCUGUUGGGGAAAUUUGCCAGGACUAUGAUACGUGAGUGCCAUAUUAGUUUUCAUGAAAUCUUCGCGACACUUGAAUUUCGCAAAUUCGCGCUUUUUUGAAAUCGCGAAAAGCGACGCGAACAUAACGUGGCGCGAAAAUUAAAUGAAAGAGUGGAAGAAAGCAGGACUGAAUUACCAGGUUGUAACUGGGAGUAGAGUGCUACGUCCUUUUCCAGAAAUUACAAAAAUAAUUCGUGAGGCUUGUUUAUAUUGAUUAUCGAGGACACUACCCACCGGUGCAUCAGUUUUUAGUUUUGACAUGAUGACAAAGGCAGAUCAAGUCGUUUUAUUCGAUUAAAUAAAAAAUUAAAUAAAUCGUGUCUUGCUCAAAAACUCGAAAUUAAAGUGACUCUGAAGCCAAAUUUUUUUGCAAAAUUGCGAAAUAUGCGAACCAUCAAAUCGCGAAACAUAUUUUAAAAAGAUGUACCACACAACAGUAGGGUUAUUUUCUUUAACAAAUCAAACGAAUCAUUUGGAAAUGCAGUGCGAUGAGAGGAUCCAAGGUUGAAGUCGAUCAGAGAGAAAACAACGCUUGUUAGUGAUACUGGGAAGGAAAAGAACAUCCUUUUUCUCUCUUUUCAUUUAAUUUACCAAGGGGAAAGGUUUGAACAGUAAAAUGUUUCUAUAAAAACAUAUUCUUUUGCCAUCAAGCUGUAGCCAGAUGUGCCCCAUCUAGUGUCAUUAAUGUCAUUGAAAGUACCCUUUUUAUUAGACUGCCAAGUCGUUCUUUUUCUCUUUUGUAGUGAUAAAAUGUUUCCCGCUUUUGGAUUUGGCGCGCGUGUUCCUCCAGACUGGAAGAUCUCUCAUGAAUUUCCUCUGGUCAGUGAUAACAGUAAAUUCUCCUUUAAAAUUAAUUCCUUGGUUAUUCUGUAAUACGCUAUGGAAAACGCCACUUCUUCAUCUAAUAUGGCACCGCUUUCAAACUUUGUUUGGCCAAUCGUGACGACUGUCGGUGGCCAAAGGCUUAAAUCAUCGCCAGAUAGUGAGAAAAAAAACCUAAACCCCUUUUUACUGUUUAGACUGCAAAACAAUCGGUUUUUUGUUCUCAAAAUCACUAAAGAAAUUAGCCUCCCACGCAGACGUUCUUAGGGAUUCGUCACGCUUUCCUGCCCCACGAACGCCUGCUGACUUGAGCGGAAAAAGACGUAGACCAAUCACAGCAGACUUCCAGAUCUGGGAAGUGCACUUUGGACCUUGAGAAAUUUCGCGCUUGACUAUAUAGCUCCAGAAAAGAUCAGAAAGGUCGCAUGAAAGGUGAAGACCUUACAGUUUUAGAACAAACUACUCAUUUACCUCAUAAGCGUUCGUACUAGUGGCUACCCUCAGAAUCUCGUUGAAAAAAAUUACCUCGGAGGUUAAAUUUGCUGAACGGAAGUCGGCUUUCCCACAAAACUAUAACGUGUGAAAAAAAAUUCUUCCUUUUGUUCAGUCUUACAAGGUAACCCCGCCGUUACAUCACCCAAAGAACAACUUUAUGAGCAAAUGACAUCUAAUCCAGCCUUUACAGAGAGAAAUAUACAAAAAGCCAACGCUUAUCUCCUAUAUUCUGGUCAGGAGCAAAAAUCUUUGGUCACGUAUCACACUCUACAGAGCUUGUACGUAUGUGUUUGGCUUGUCAACACUUUGACUUCAGCAGCGCCGAUUGGAUCUGUGAUAAUCUGCAUGUGAUCUCCAGCCGAUAUUUGCGAACAAUGGGAAAGGAAUUUAUCUUUCAGUUCAGCAGACGUUCGUGGGGCAGGAACGCGUGACGAAACCCUAAGAACGUCUGCGUGGGAGACUAUAAAGAAAUCGGUGUGUGGUGUGAGUCUUACGCGCACAAAGCGCGCGAGCUGUGUGGCCGUCUCUCCCCACUCUCACUCUCCGUUUUCAGCCUCGUUCCAGACCUUUUGUUUGACUACUCGCGCGUACUUGAAUACGCAAAAAUACGGACUGUUUUGCAGUCUGCUUUCUGUUUUGCCUAUUUGUAGCAAGCAGGCUCUUAUUCUUUUAAUCGCUGAUUGUUUUCAGAAUGGCAAUCCUCAGGAUCCAAAUUGUAAUGGAAUUCACGGUGUAAUCGCAGCGUAUUAUCACAGCAUAGAGAGGGUUCAGCUUCAUGGUAAUAUUUCAGACUUAAAAGGACUCUUAGGGCCUGUGUACAAGGAGGAAGGGUUACCCUCGUGAUAAGGUUACCCUAGUAAGCUGGUUAAGGAUAACUAUUUAGGGAAAAGCGGAAAUUCCGGUUGGAAAAUCAAAUGGUUCGCGCUAUUCCGUCUGGGAAGCCUCAGGAAACAUGGAUUGUGAUUUAAGGCGCUGCAAUUUUUCUACUCUUUUAAGACUGUUCAGCUGAUUUGAGUUACUUUGUAGCGGGUCGUUCUCCCACCACUUCAAGUUUGGCUCGUUAUAAAUUACUUUUUGAAUAUUGUAUGCAAAUUGCUAUAUUUCAAAAAGAUAUUACUUGACUGUAAAUUUAACGUGACUGAAAUUUUUUUGUGUUAUUUCCGUUACUUUCGGCUUGCAUAUUAUUUUACCCUUUUAGAUUUCGAUUGAAAUGUGUUUUAACCAAGCCUGUCUGUCUCAGUCUGUCCUUCUCCCUUUGCCGUUGCCCUUAGAGAUCUGGGUGGGAAUUUAAAAUUAUCACCAGCCUCGAAGUUUUGACGUCAUUAUUAUUAUUAUUAUUAUUAUUAUUAUUAUUAUUAUUAUUAUUAUUAUUAUUAUCAUUAUCAUUAUUACAAGCCUAUCACUACAUAAUGCAGGAAAUAUUAUUUACUAACUGAGUAUCAGGUCACAGCCUGUGGCGUAGCCAAUACUCCGUGCCAUUAUUCCGUCCAAUUUUCAUAUUUAAGUGUCUAACGCUUUUCGCAGAAUCCUUCCUGACCCCAUCAAGGCUAUUCGUUGUAAAAGUUCCAUGCAAUAUGUCAUUUCCAAGUAUUAUUAUUAUUUAUUAUUAUUAUUAUUAUUAUUUGUUAGUUUAUUUAUUUCGGGGGAAUCGCUUUUUUUGAAACUUUCGUCUCUGUGUGUUGCUGUUGCAGGUCCCACUAACUUCGCACCGAUAAUUAAUCAAAUCGCAAGGUGGGAAGUAGAUGCAAUUUACAAGGGUGCAAUCUGUUUUUGAGUGGAUAAAUGAUUUGUGUCAGCUCAAGUUUGACCCAAUUUUCACUACUUUUUUUCUAACAGUGAGAGCAUUUGUGUUUGGAUACGUUUGAAGUCAGGGCCCAGUCAAGGCGAAGAUGACUUUAUCUGGGCCUAUACUCAACCAAACUGCUUUGCGCCCCGCGCUGAUUUUCCCCAUAGUCGAAAAUUCUAUUUUCUCGUGUCGGUUAAAAGAUUUUUCUUCAUUUUUGUGAGUACUUCUUUAAGAGUUUUCUUAAAAAGGCAAGUAUGUCAAGGAUGAGACUUUGAUAUGUUACUAUUUGUUCUUUAUGCAAUAGAAUUGCAAGUUCAUCACACAGAGAAAAGCAGGGACAGGAGUAUGUACCACAACUAAAUAAGCAAAUAUUCUCAUGAUUUAUUAUUGUGGUUAUUCAAGUGGAACAGAAGGUCAUUAUUUUUGCCAAACCUCUUAGAACAAACCAAGGAAAUAAGGAACCGCACAUUGUCCGUUCACAAUGACCGCGAAACGUAGCGUUCCAUUUGCGUUCAGGCUUAACUGAAAAAAUCCAGUCAAAGGCAGCUGACGGUCUUAUUAGUUAUUGAAAGAUGAGGCCCCAAAGUUUGAUAGCGCUAUCCACCGGAUAAAUCACUAUCCAAGGGAUAGGUGUUAGGGAAACCAAUUGCCCUAUUUACUGGAUAGUGAUUUAUUCGGUGAAUAGCGUUAUCCACCUUUAGAACAACUGGGGCCUGAUUGUUAGAGUUUCUCUUUGCCAAAAUAUUUCAUACUACUACUGACUGUUUAUGUUUCCUAAAAUUUGUGUUUCCAUCUAGAUAUUUUGUGCUUCUGAUAUUAACAGAUGGAAUAAUUUCGGACAUGCCGCAAACAAAAGAAGCUAUUGUUAAAGUGAGUGACUGGUAUUUUGACGAUAGAGGUGUACUAGGGUGUCAGUAAAACGUGGGGUCGGGGUCGUCGCCGGGGCAAGCCGAAGAAUACUGUUUUAGGGUUAGGGUUAGGGUUGACACUAACAUGGUUACUACACAGCACCAUGGAUAUAAAAAUGAUAGGAGCACGCGCGCGCGUGUAAUAGCGCGCGUAAUAUGUACAUACUGUAAUGUCCCAAUUCAAAUGAAACUGAAAUUGAUAUUUAAGGGGGUGUUAAUGACUUGCAUACUAACGCAAUUGAAAGUAUAUUUUUCUCUUUUGUACGCCGAAUGACGCAUAUGAAUGCCCAAAAGUGUUAUUGUACGUUGAUUAAAUGUAAAAAAACGCUAUUGAAUCUGAAUUAUACGCAAAUCUCGUAUUUUCGCGCUAAUGAAUGUCUCUACCUUAGAGACUACGCCAUCUUUUGCUUGAAUUGAUGUAAUACACCCUGAUAGUCCGUAGUUUGAGAAGGCCUUAUCUCUCAUAAGCUUCUAUAAUUUCUUUCGGUGCCCUGGCCACGUUUUUUCUUUCCCAAUUAUUUUAUAUUUUCUGCUGUAUUGUACUUCUGUGCGGAGAAUAAAGCUAGGAAAAUCGUAUUAUUUUUAAAAAAUGUUUUUUGUUCGCCAUUAUUGGGAGAAAAUGGGUUAGAGAGGCAAAGGGCAUGGAAGAAGGAACAUAUCAUGGAGACGCAUCCCCUCUAACUCGUUUUCUUUUGUAAACGCACAUUUUUAAAGCAUUUUCGCCUUGCGUCUAAGCCAAUGGUUGGAGGGCAAUUCUGUCAAUAGACCUAUUUGGCUAACUCAAUGUUGUACCCAAUUCAAAUCUCCCAGGGUUAAGAUUCUUUGUGUAUUGUAUUUGCAUUAUAAUGUGGCUUUUACAUUUAAACGAUAACAAAGCGUUUUAUUCCCAAAGGGUUUGAAUUGGGGAAUUGGGUACAACAUUGAGUUAGCCCAAUUGAACAGGAUUCAUGGUAAAAAUGCGCUUUAAUUAACAUGUGUAGCGGAAAAUCACUGAACCGUAACGAGUUCUUAACACAAGAAUUGCUCCAUUCGCCACUCUCACAUUUCCCAUAAUGCACCUUAUUCCUCCCACCCCCCCCCCCGCCCAAAUUUUGCAUAACCUUUGUUUUUCAUUUCUCCUGGUGGUCCCAAGAGAAAUAGAAAACAAUCCUUAUGCAAAAUAUUGGGGGGCAAAUAAGGUGCAUUAUGGGAAAUGUGGAAGUGACGUAUUGCAGGCGUGCAAGUAUAGUGCUUAAAUACCUCAAUUUAUAUAUUCAUCGUAGGCAGCUUCUCUUCCCGUUUCUAUUAUUAUUGUUGGUAUUGGACCAGCAGAGUUUGAAGGUAGGUACUCAAUCAGUUUUAGAUAUGGAGUUUACAUGUGUUCACACAGUUGCCAAAUUGCUGCGAUUUUAAGCUUGGUUUCAAUACACUAGUGACGAUCUCAAAGUUGGUAAAUUGGUAUCGCGGGGAGUGCGUUAUGUUCUGAUGUAAAAAGAACGAUGAAACAGAAGCGAAACCGUUGUUUUGCAUCAUCAAAGUCUAAAAGUCUCGCUUGAAUGCUGUCGUGCUUUGUUCUCAGUUUCAAGAUGGAACUGGAAAAGAGCUUUGCGAUGGGCUAAAGUUCUGCUAAGGUCGGUUCAACCUCGUUCCCAGGGUCCUCUUCUACUUGGCCCCGCUCCGGAAGCCGAGUAGGAGAAAACCCUGGGAACGAGGUUGCCGUCUGUUCGGUUUACAUUGGGGAGUGAAAGAUGGCAGCUCGCCUGAAGCAGGAAAGGAGACAUCUUUGCUUCCUCCUCCUUCCUUCCUCUUCCUUACACGAUCUACGCUAGAACGGAAAGCUUCUACAUCCCCGCUUCUGUCUCUACCACUGCAUUCACUACUUUCACAUAGACCAUAAUGCACCUUGUUUACCCCCCAAAAUUUUGCAUAACCUUUGUUUCUGAUUUCUCCUGGGUAUUACAGUCGUCCCAAGAGAGAUCCAAGACAAUGGUUAUGCAAAAUUUGAGGGAGGGGCGGGGGGAGGUAAACAGAGUGCAUUAUGGUCUAUGUGAAAAUGGUGAAUCCGUUAAAAGUGUUUACCCUGACCUUAAGUUCUUUGUUCGUAUUCGCCUUUGCUCAUCUCCCAUAAUAAACCUCGUUAGCCCUCUUUAAAUUCUGCUUAAGCAUCGUCUUUAAUUUCUCAUGGGAUGACUGGAGUACCCAGGAGAAAUUAAAAACAAAUGUUAUGCAAAAUUUGGGGGGCGAGGGGGGGCAAACCAGUUGUAUUAUGGGAGAUGUACGAAUAGCGAAUGAAUACCUUCCCGGCGUUUCUCACUUAAUCAAUACUUUGGAAAGUAAAAAUUUAGGAGUUUUAGGCCUCUUUCAGAUUUGAAAAGGUUUCGUGGCAUUGUUUUUGUCUCUUUCCAUGAAAAUGCAGCUAUGGAGGAGCUUGAUGGAGAUACAGUUCGUCUGUCAUCGCGUGGAAGAUACGCGGAAAGAGACAUUGUACAGGUGAGAUAUUUUUCUACUGAGUGCAUGCUUUAUUAAAAAGGCGUCAUUUGAUUAUCUAUUAUAUAUUGGUAUAGGUGAGUCGCUGAGGGUUUGAAACCCUGACCCCGUUUAGGACAAAAAAACCUAAAAUGCAUAUGCUAUUCAGGAAAAAACCCUCAAAUUUUUUACCCUCCUUAGGGCAAAGGACAUGUACACUCUGUUAUUAAAAUCAGGGGCACCUAACGUCAAUUUUCGGAAAAUAUCUGUUCGGAAGACGAUUUGAGAUCUAGAAUUUUCGGAACAUUUUUUGUAAAAUUUCUUGCUUGCCUGCCUCUCCUAAUACUUUCGAACAUCUAAAUAUCGGUAUAAUUGCCCAUUUUUAACGGAUUUUUACCCUAAAAAGGUCACCUAGAAUUUUCGGGAGCCUUUUUUCUGGCUGAAAUUUUCGAAAAGGUAAGUUUUGAUCCCUAUAAUUUUCGGAUCACUAGACUUUUAGCUAGGAAAUCCGAACAGAUGAAAAAUUUUUAAGGGAUGAAAAUAUGCCUAUAUCUACCAUUAAAUACUAAAAUGCGUUUAACAAUGCUAUGUUUAAUAUAAGUGGUUUUAAACUAUAUUCUCGUUGGGUGCCCCUGUUAAAAUCUUCCAUUUGCUACCAUUUCGAGUUCACAAUACCCUGCUAAAUCCACUCGCACUAUCUAGACAGCUGCAAACCCAACCAACUAAAACGUGAUGGCAAGUUACAGUCAUUUCAUUUUGUUUCCUUAUAAAUCAUAGUUUGUGCCCUUCCGAGAUUACAUUGGACAAGCUGGGAACGUCAUAAACGGAGCUCGAUUGGCAAAAGAUGUGCUGGAAGAACUGCCAGAUCAAUUUCUUGAUUACAUGAGGAAGCAAAAUAUCAAACCAAGGCCUCCUAAACACACAAACAUUGCAAAAGUAGCUACGGUCUAAAAGAGCCUUUUACAAUUUCACUCUCGGAGUCCGUGUUUCCCAAGUCCAGUAAUCAGAAAUUGAUUCCCUUUCCACUGGACACUAUAUGGUAACUCGGUCUCAAGGGGCAAGUAGACUGGGUAAGUUCCAUUGCCCUGCGCAUGUGUGGAAAAUUUUUUAAAUUUGUGAAAGCUAUAUCAACAAUAUGCAGACAUUAUUUAUCAUUUGUUAUUUUUACAACUCAUUUACUAGUUUUUUAGGGG